AUGACUGUACCAGACGUCGCGGAAGAGAACAAGGAAUCCGGGUCGCGUUCCAUUUAUUACCAUGCCGAGUUCUAUGAUCUGUACACCUCGAAAUACUUGAUCGACCCGACCGACACUAAGGUUUACUUCGAUCAGCUACGUGCAAUCCAUAAUCCAGCUGUUGUCUUGGACAUUGCGACCGGCACGGGCAGGAUUAUACAAGGCCUCAUUGAACACGGGGACAGGCUCGGCCACAAUUGGAACCAGACCACAUUGAUCGGUCUCGACAAUUCUGAGUCAAUGAUCGACAGCGCCAGAAAAUCCAUCGCGGCACCAAAGGCUGGGAAUUUGACAUGGAUGCUGGGGUCUGCGUUUGACCUUCGGUCAGCUUUGGCUGCGAUGCAAUUGCCAAUUUAUGCCAUCGAUCUUUUAAUUCUGUCCUUCGGAACCAUCAGCCACUUUAUAGCCGAAGGUCAAUGCCAGCACUUUUUCAAUGAGAUUGGGAAGAUCCUACGCCCCGGCGGGGGGGCGCAGUUGAUUCCCAGCAAGCAACAUCCUGGCAUCACCUAUCAGGAGGUGCUGUUGCAAAGCACUACCCUUGAUAACUUAUAUAAGGACCGUCGUGUGAUCACUGUGCGAGAUAAUGACUCCGUUAUCGAGCAGGAGGAAGUUACCACAGAGUUUGGCUUGUGGACGGAGGAGAUGGUAAAGCAAAUGGCACACAUGGCAGGGCUUCGGAGCUUGUACCAAGUUGGGCUCAAGACCGAAAUAAUUUGGGUAUUCGAGCGGCUCCAAUGA